AUUCUGUCUACAUCUGGCUGCUGCUUCUGACAUUUGGUGGACAUGUGCUGGUGGGCUAUGGCUUGGUGACUCUGGGAGAUUUUCUGCAGCUGGCACUGCUGUGUGUGGUGAUCACUCUGCUGAGUGGCAUUCUGCAGACUGGUGCUGGCCCUGGCCCUCUGGAUCAUCUGAAUGAUCCUGACAAGAGGAACAGGGUGGCCACCAGGUCUCUGUACAAUCCGCAGCAGGAGAUCUCUGCCUACAGGGCUGCCAAAGAUGGCAGAGGCUAUGUGCACAGCUCUGGCCAGUGCACAUAUGCUGUUCUGAAAGGCAGGGUGCGCUGGGAGAUGGAGCAGUAUUUGGGCAGUGGUGGACCUCCUUGCCUCUGGAAAUGGAUCUGCCUAAUGGCCUGGCUGUCCUGUGCCUGUGAUCUGCUGUACCAGUCCAUCGAUGCUGGCAUGAGUUCUCUGAAUGUGGCUGCUGUGCACAGAAAUCUGGUGCUGGUUUGCAACGAGAUUCCUUGCUUCUGCGCUUCUGAGAUCACUGUGUCUCCUGCUGAUUGCACUCUGCCUGAAGGCUUUGAACUCUGGGCUCUCUGGGUCAAAAGCUGCUUCGCUGAGACUCAGCAGCAAUUUGUCUAUGUUCUGGAGCUCGCUGAAGCUAAUGGCAAAAAUUCUGAUCAGCUGAUUUCCCAGGCCUGGGACUAUUCAUUGGCUGCGGCUCAGGCCAUCAACUUGGAGCCAGAGCCGGCAGAGGCCGAGGCUGAGGCCACCAUGGCCGAAGCCAGAAUGACUCAAAACUAUCAAAACAUUCAGUUUGGCGAGACAGCGCCCUCUCCAGAGACCAAUCUCCUGGAGGCUUCCACCAUCUGGGCGUUGUCUUGGCACACUGUUGCUCUAUGGUUUGCGCACGGUUUCCGGGACAUUUUGUACAAAGAUGUCCCACGACGACGUGGGAUAGGACACCCAGGUUUGGUUUUGGACUUGGACAUUCGACGCUUCUUGAUUUUUGGCGUCGAAUUUGAUUUGAAUUCUUAUGUCAGGCUGGAGGACGAAUUCCACGCCGAGGCAUUGGGCUACGUGGCGCAAGAAACCGCCCGAUUGGAUCAAUCCAAGCAUCUAGAUCUGGUGCUUACAUGGCAUCCAGACAAGCAACAGGGCCCAGAAGGGCGUUUUGCAGCAGAGGUGGCAGAUCUGACACAGUUCAAGAAACAAAAAGAUGCCAUCCAGCCGAGUACCGAACAUGCAGAAUUUGAGGUGAACAAGAAAGCGGACAAGGUGCAGCAACGUCAGCAGGUUGAGAAACUGGACAAGCCCCAUGAACGCAAAUUCUGCAAGAUCAAUUUCGUAGCAGAGCUUGACGCAGAAGUGUUGGUUACUCAGUUCUGGAAACAAAUCUGCAGAUUGCUGCUUUUGAUGCUGACCUUCUUCAAUCUUGAACACUCAGAAGCGCAGAAGUAUGCAGUUCUACAGAAGCGAAAGCAGCAUGUGGAAGGCGCAAGUAUUGCUAUUUACACGCUGCGUAGGCUUGCGUUGGCGUUUCGCGUAGCCCUAGGCAUGAUCAGACGUGCCAUUGGCUACGCGUUGUGUAUCACGAGGUCCAUGGGAAUGCUGGAUGACGGUCCAUGGGAACAUACUUGGCAUGCUGUGAGGAUGCUCUGGUGGAAACUGCAGAUGGGCCAAUCCACUUUGCGCCUCCUCCGUGAUGGCGUCCGUGGGCGCAGGGAGGGCCAUGAAAUCAGGUGUUCCCAGAUGAUGACGACGAGUAUCUUGAUGCCGCAGAG